CCUUUCUUUGUCGCCGCGGCCCGUGAAGAAAUGGCGGAUCUCCAGACGUCGUACAUCUGAGGGGAAACACUGCGCACCCGAUGGCGUGUACACCGUCGACGAAAAGCACCUCCGUCGACAGGGAUAUUUACGUUUUUUAGAAACCCUAAAUAAUAUCUCCCAAACGCAUGAGAAUGAGCUGAUGGUUAUCGAAGUCUGCAAAAAGACGUCGCAAAAAAGAGAGAGGCUGACUGGAAGAUGCCAAGAAAAAAACAACAGAAUCCACAGCCAGUCAAGUUGGAUUCUGAAGAUGGUGUAGCCACUGAAGCCCCAGGAAACCUCAACUUAGACACAGACUUCCUUCUCGGACAAGACCUUGAGUUUGGUGAUCCUGAUCAUGACAACAAGAUUUUAGGCCUGGACAAGUUUUCAGAGGUAGCUGCCGAGAUCGGUUUCUCUGUGUAUCCUCUGGGUGAUGAGGAGAGCCCUGCCUACGGCCAGCUCAGCAUGGAAAGCGAAACGGACAACUCUCGCAGCACAACCGACAAUGGGAGGGAAGAUGAGGAGCGAGCGGCCCAGUCGGAGCCCAGCUUCCCCCCGUACCUGUCCUGCCGGGGCUGCGGACAGCUCCGCGACGAGCCCCUGGGACCGGGCAUAGACCUGGUCGGCCCGUACUGCCUUAGGUGCUGCAAAGCCUCCCGGGAAGCCAAGAACACAGACUUCUGUUCACCUUUCGGAGGCAUCAGUGGGAUUCGCUCGGGGUCCCACCCGCAGCUCGACGGCGAAGGGCUGGGGAACGGGAUGGGCGACAAGGCGCUGACGGCCGAGGACAAACUGGCCAAGCUGCACUCGUGUCGCAUCUGCGGCUUCUCCUCGCGCUACGCCAACCACGUGAAGCGCCACAUGAAGACGCACAACGGGGAGAAGCCCUUCAACUGCCCCCUGUGCACCUACGCCUCGGCCCAGCUGGUGAACCUGCAGAGGCACCUGCGCAUCCACACCGGGGAGAAACCAUACAAGUGUGACAGCUGCACUUUUGCGUGCAGUUCCCUCGGCAACCUCAAGAGGCACCAGCGCAUGCACGUGCCCUCUGUGGGGGCGGGGCCGGGGCCAGAUGCCCCGCCGAGACCCGCUGGCGGCCCGAACAGUCUGAAGAGGCAUUUGACUGGACAAAGACCCGGUGGAGAAGAGCCUGGUUCUUCAGCCAAGGUUUCAGAGGUCGCAAGGCCAACGUCAAAUCUGAGUCUGGGAGCCCAGAACAAUGACUUCUUGUCAGCCUUUGACGGUUUAAAGGGGGCAUCGCCGCCGCCCGUACCGCCCUCUAACCCUGCUCCCAGCCACCAGCCUCCACCCGUGCUGCCGACCGCAGGGAGCGAGGGCAACAGGACGACCAGAGGGGGGGUGGCGGUCGGCGCCGCCCUCCCCCCUUCACUUUUCCCUUAUACUUGCCGGUUGUGCGGCAUCGUCCUGGAGGACGAGGACGGCUCCUCAGCCCAGAUUUGUGCCAAGUGCACCCUUGAAAUGCUGACUAAAGACUCAUCUCCCAACAGCCCCGGCGAGCGCAGCGACAAGGUGUACACCUGCGCCGCCUGCCCCUUCCUCACGCACUACCCCAACCACUUGGCGCGCCACAUGAAAACUCACAGCGGCGAGAAACCGUACAAGUGCCCACAGUGCGACUACGCCUCUGCGCACUUCGACAACCUCAAGCGUCACCACCGGGUGCACACGGGCGAGAAGCCCUACAAGUGCCACCUGUGCGACUACGCCUGCGGCAACCUUGCCAACCUGAAGCGCCACCAGCGGGUGCACUCGGGCGCCAAACCCUUCCAGUGUGCCGUGUGCAGCUACAGCUGCAACCAGAGCAUGAACCUGAAGCGGCACAUGCUCCGGCACACCGGGGAGAAGCCGUACAAGUGUCAGGAGUGCGGCUACACCACCGGCCACUGGGACAAUUACAAGCGGCACCAAAAGAAGCACGGCCUGGCCACCGACGGCUGGGUCAAGGUGCCGAUGGCCGGCCACGACGAAGACGACCCAGUGGGGAAAGGGAUGGGAGUCGGAGUCGGAGUCCAGACUCACAGAAAGGAACCGGGCGUCGAUAUGCAGUAUAUGUCUCGGGAGGGAGGUCAGAGUAUACACUCGUGCUACAAACUUGAGAUUGUAUAAAAAAUUUAACUCAGCAGAACUAAGCUACCAGCAACUUGUUUUUUUGUUUUGUGUUAAUUUUCACAGAGCCUUUAUUUUUAUGUUAUCGUGUCGGUCUUUCAGUGUUUUCGUCGGAUGUUUUCGGAGGCUGCUAAUUGUUCAUUUGUAGAAUCUCUCGCACAAUUACGAGAAACAAUUGUUUGAUGCCUUUUUCGGAUUAAGUGCGGUGGAUGAGUCUGUGCAUAGUUUCCUCUUCUACUCUGUUUCUCUGUUGUUUGUGUCGAGACGAUUGGACUCUACCGUUGAAGUCUUGUCACUGUCUCCUUCUCUGUGUUACUGUGCAUUAAUUAUCUCAAUUCCCUCUAACAAAACAAAACAAACAAACACAUAUCAUGUUCUUCAUUUCAGGAGAGAACACCACCAAAUACAUGUACAUGGAACUCGUGCACAGUUUUACCUGAACUAUUGAGUUGCACUGUGUAGUUUGUUUUGUUUUUGUUUGUAUGUUUAAUAAAAGAUAAUUGCUAUUUUUAUCAAAGACAUCAGUGCCACAAACUUAGCUCAAAAUGUGAAUGUAACUGGUGUACAGUUUUCUUUCCACACUCACGUCACACAACAGAAAUACUGAGUUAUUUGGUCUGAGUCAUGAGGUUAUUUUGAUAUUAAAGUUAUUAGACCAGACUACACAGUGCAGCUCCAAGUACGCCAGUAUUGUGCUCGUCUUAGUGUUUUGGGCCACACGCUCUGGUGAUGACUCGCCUUCAGAUGAAUUUGCUUGUGUAUUGUGCCACGAGCAAAGUGUGGUUUACGUAUUACUGGACAUGUUUUGCACCUGUUAAAACUAUAUCGAUUCACUCAGUUGCGUCGACUUCGCCAAAUGAUCUCGUCUUCUGAGCUGUAAGUCACUUUUUUUUUUUUUUCUCGCCAAACCCCCUCAGGAUCAAAGUGAUGUGGAAAACUAAAAUGUUGGCAAAAAACAACAACCAAUAAAUAUAAUUCUUUAUGUUAUUUUAACUCUACAAUUGCAUGUGCAAGCAGUUUAGUUGUGACAUGGUUGUAUGGUUAAAGGGAAAAAGCACAAUCAUACACACACACAACUACAUUUUGGUAGGUUGAAGAAUAGGUUUGAGAGCCAGGGGGGAAAAAAGCUACUCUCUGAUUUGGGAUUCAGGAGUGACGCAAGUCUUACAUUGGAAUGCUAUUCAAUAAAUAUCCUUGACUAACCUUCUACAUAUCAGUAAUCUUUAAAUGUUUUUGAGACGGACUGUAGAAUCACCUUCGUUUGGAUUACUAUUUACUAUUGACUGUGAAAUUAGCCCAUUCUUGUGUUUUUCUUUUUACUUGGGGAAAAAAAAAGAUAAAACUAUUAGCAAGCAUGUGAGUAACGGUUGUCUUAUUUUUUCUAAUGUGGCUGUAAUACAAGGCUAGAAAUACAUACGUUGAUAAAUAGAAAUGAGUAUUUUAUUUAGCUUUUUUCAAUGUGUGGUGUGUCAUUGGGAUUCCAUCGGGGAAAAAAUAAUUUAAAUGAACUAUUUGUGAAUGACUAAUAUUAUGCAAGUGAGAUACUUUUAUCAGGUUGCCAAUUUGCCAUGACACAAAGCAUUGAACCCAUCGAUUAGUACUGACAUCCCCCAUGUGUCUGUUGUUAUGUCCUUAUGCAGUGUCUCUUAAAUGCCUUAAGUGAGGAAAUUUGAAAUAAACACACGGGAUUCAUUUCACUGAA